GCACACGAAGAAGAGCAGAACGCCAGAAACAGCUGUGGCGCUGACAGACCGGGGCAGCUAGCUAGGUCUUGGACAGCUACAGUGUAUUAUCUAUUAAAAACAACAUAAUUAGGGUUCAUAUUAACAGUCGGCAGACAACGCCAGUAUGACUACCAUACUGGUGUGACUGGGCCAGGAGACAUUUUACAUUUCCUGCCUUUUAUUUACGACUAGUUUCUUAUUUCUUCUUUGUAGCCGUUAGCUUGCUUUAGCUAGUUAGCUGUGUUGUUUAGUUCUUUGUGAAAGUGUCCGUGUCCUUUUGUAACACAUGAGUGUGUCGAUGGUCGUCAUCCGCCUGGAGCUAGCCGACCAGUCUCCUUCUCCCCAAGGGUUCCAGUACUCCGCUGCUGAAGACAUGUCGGAGAAGGACCUGCAAGACAAAGCUCUGGGCGUCGCCAAACACACCCUGAGUGGCAAGACGGACCUGGAAAGAGAAGCCGUGCUGCACCAACACAUCGGGAGCAGAGCGAUGGGCGACAUGGUGAUAGAGACCUUUGAGCCCGGCCCAGAACAGGACGGAGAACCUCAGGCGGAAGCGGACGUUCUGGAGGGAACCGAGGCAUCGCAGGACGCCGCGGCGGAGCCCGACUCCCCCUCCAAGCAGCUGCCGGACCAGAUCUCCUUCUUCAGCGGGAACCCGUCCGUGGAGAUCGUCCACGGCAUCAUGCACCUGUACAAGACCAACAAAAUGACGUCGCUGACCGAGGACGUGCGACGCAGCGCCAUGGUGUGCAUCCUCACCGUGCCCGCCACCAUGACCAGCCACGACCUCAUGAAGCUUCUGGCGCCUUUCAACGACGUCACGGAGCACAUGAAGAUCAUACGGGACUCCACCCCGAACCAGUACAUGGUGCUGCUGAAGUUCUGUACGCAGGCCGACGCAGACAGUUUCUACACGGCGUGCAACGGCCGGCAGUUCAACUCCAUCGAGGACGCCGUGUGCCAAAUGGUUUACGUGGAGCGGGCCGAGGUCAUAAAGUCUGAAGAGGGAGCCAGUCUGCCGGUGAUGGAGCUCACCGAGCUGCCGAAGUGCACCGUGUGUCUGGAGCGGAUGGACGAGUCGGUUAACGGCAUCCUCACCACGCUCUGCAACCACAGCUUCCACAGCCAGUGUCUCCAGCGCUGGGACGACGCCACGUGUCCCGUGUGUCGGUACUGUCAGACACCAGAACCGGUGGAAGAGAACAAGUGCUUCGAGUGCGGCGUCCAGGAGGUGGAACUCAAAUCAGAUCUUCUUUUUUUAAUUCACUCAGUUAUUUUCCCCCAAAACGUCACUCUUUUUCUCUCUCUCUCUCUCUCUCUCUCUCUCUCUCUCUCUCUCUCUCUCUCUCUCUCUCUCUCUCUCUCUCUCUCUCUCUCUCUCUCUCUCUCUCUCUCUCUCUCUCCUCAGAACCUGUGGAUCUGUUUGAUCUGCGGACACAUCGGCUGCGGCCGCUACGUCAGCCGGCACGCCUACAAGCACUUUGAGGAGACGCAGCACACGUACGCCAUGCAGCUCACCAACCACCGGGUGUGGGACUACGCAGGAGAUAACUACGUCCAUCGGCUGGUGGCCAGUAAGACCGACGGGAAGAUGGUUCAGUACGAGUGUGAAGGAGACACCUGCCACGCCGAGAAGAUCGACGCGCUUCAACUGGAGUACUCGUACCUGCUGACGAGUCAACUGGAGUCUCAGAGGAUCUACUGGGAGAACAAGAUCGUUCACCUGGAGAAGGAGACCACGGAGGAGAUGAACAACAUGAAGGUGAAGUUCAAGGAGACCCUGGAGCGCUGCGACAACCUGGAGCGGCGGUUCGGAGAAAUGGGCAAAGAGAAGCAGGGCAUCGAGAAGAAGUGCACUCAGCUGCACAGUCGAGUGGCGAAGCUGAGCCAGGAGCUGAAGGAGGAGCAGGAGAUGAACCGCUGCCUGAGAGCCAAUCAGACGCAGCUGCAGUCGCACCUGGCCGAGGAGGAACGCAAAGGAAAGGAGAUCGGCGAGCGUAAAGACGGGGCCAUCGGGGAGCUGCAGGAGCAGCUGAGGGACGUCAUGUUCUACCUGGAGGCGCAGCAGCAGAUCGAGCACCUUCCUCCGGAGGCUCGCAGCGAGAUCCAGGAGGGCCAGAUCAACAUCGGCGCCGGCCCGUCGGACGGCGCCGGAGCAGGCCCCGCCUCCUCCUCCUCCCCCUUUUCCGGCAGAGGGAGGAGGGGGGGCCGGGGCAGGAAGAGGAGGUAACCACCUCCUCCUCUUCCUGCCAGAAACUAUCAGACCAGAAGGAGAACUUCAUGAAACACGCCGAGCACCCUGUUGUAGGACUUUGAAACGGAAAGAAGAUGAACGUUUGCUUGUUUGUUUGUUUGUUUGUUUGUUUGUUUGUUUGUUUUCUUAAAUCCCGUGAAAUGCAAAAAAUGUUUUUCUUUCUUUUUUCCAAUGUUUCCAAAAAAACUAGCGCUGAACUUUACUUUACGGUACUUUUCUUUUUUUACCAUCCAGGUCCGUGAUUCUCAACCUGGUGUACAAGUACCACAAGUACCACCACAAGUACCACAAGUACCACCACAAGUACCACCAGGAAGUACCUGGUAACAAAAUAUAAUAAUUAUGAUUUAAAUUGAGGAGCAUAUUUAUGAUCAGCUGAACACACUCAUUGGUGAAGUACUUUUACUUAAGUACCGUACUCUUAAGUAUUAUUUUGUGGUACUUGUACAUAACUUGAGUAUUUCUAUGCUACUUUAUACUUUUUACUCCACCACGUUGAAGUAAAAAAAAAAAAAAAAAAAAAAAAGUUUUAACUUUGACUCUCCUGUUAAUUAAUUUAUAGAAUAAUAUUUUACAGAUAAAACACGUCACGAAAAUUCGAUUGACAGAAAAUUUAUCGGCGACAUUUUUUAAAUUUUUUUUAGGUAAAACAAAAUCCGUAAAUAUUCAAGUUUCUCAAAUGUGAGAAUCUGCUGCUUUACUUUGUAUUUAAAUAAUUAUAUUAUGAAUAUAUUUUGGACAAAACUAAACAUUUAUAAAUUACAGAAAUAGUCGUUGGUCGCUGGAUAAAAAUGAUAAAAUAAUUUUGAAAGGUUAAAUUUAGCUCCACAUUGUUAAUAUACAUAAUAAUGCAUCAAUAAUUUAAUGCAACACUCGGAAAGGAGAAAGAAUAUUUAUACUUUUGAUACUUUCGUGUACAUUUAGCUGCUAAUACUUUGUACCUUUUGGCUGCAGGACCUGUACUUGUAUUGCAGUAUUUUAUUUUUACAGGUUUGUAUUUCUACUUUAUAGUAAAAUAUAUAAAAUAUUCUGAUCUCGGUCACGUGACCUAAAGCUGAGAGACGCCGAUCGCACGACCUUAAAGGUACGACCUCUGAGUGAGCAAACAUCGAGGGCUCUUUGGUGCAUUUUGUUCGUGGCUUAUUUAAACAUUUACACAUUUAAACAUUUACACAUUUAAACAUUUACACAUUUAAACAUGUAAAGUGGCAGAAUGUCGAUGUUCAGCUUCGGAUCGACCCGAAAGGCCUUAAUUCAAGAGGUUCUGUGUGUUCCUGGUGAACGGGUCGAGAAACGAGGUACGGAAGCCCUGAGGGUCAAACAUCGUUGUUGUUUUUCCUCUUCUGUGUUUAUGACGUAAGAACAGGUGAAAAAAAAAAAUAUAUAUAUAUAUAUAUAUAUAUAUAUAUAUAUAUAUAUAUAUACACUCUUAAGUUUCUCUUUUUGUAAAACGAGUGAAAGUGUUUGUUGUAGUUCUCAUUUUGACCACAAGAGGCGGACGUUCACCGCUCACACACGUUCACGUUUAGUCUCUCGGGGCCGAAAUGACAAACAAUAGCCGUUUAAAAUUAAAUUAUCUUAAACCACCCUGGAA